GCUUACAUGAAUCCCAUAGCUAUGGCCAGAGCACGAGGUCCUGCCCAAAAUUCAGGACCAACAAUACAAGACUACUUGAACAGACCGAGGCCAACGUGGGAAGAAGUGAAAGAACAGCUAGAGAAGAAAAAGAAGGGAUCCAGAGCUUUGGCUGAGUUUGAAGAAAAGAUGAACGAGAAUUGGAAGAAAGAACUGGAAAAACACAGGGAGAAAUUACUAGGUGGAAACGAGAGUUCCUCCAAAAAGAAAGAGAAAAAGAAAAAGGAAAAGAAGAAAUCUAGUAGGUUGUCUUCAUCUUCCUCUUCUUCAUCAAGCUCUGAUUCUUCCAGCAGCGCAUCUGAUUCAGAAGAUGAGGAUAAAAAGCAGGGGAAGAAAAAAAAGAAAAAGAAACAUCGUUCCUCACGAAAAUCUUCAUCAAGCUCAGCUUCUGAAUCUGAGUCAGACAGCAAGGACAGCACAAAAAAGAAGAAGUCAAAGGAAGACCAUGAAAAAGAGAAGGAUGGCAAAAAUCAUCACAGAAAGAGGAAGAAAGCUGAUCGUGGUGAUGGGCCUUUAUCAUCAGAAUCCUUAUCAGAACCGGAUCAGACAGAGGAGGUUCAAGUGAAAAAGAAGAAAAGCAAUGAGGAGAAAGAGAAAGCAACAGAUAAAGCAAAAAAGAGAAAGAAGCACAAGAAGCAUAGUAAAAAGAAGAAAAAGAAAGCUGCUGGUUCAAAUUCAGAUUCGGAAUAGUAUUUAAAAAAAAAAAAAAAGGCAAGACUAUCAACAAAAGUGCAAUGACUGAAGGAAAUUUAAACUGUGAAAUGAUAACAAACUUUACCAAACUGCAUGAGUUUUCCUGUGUUCUAGAAAUAUUCCUAAUCUUUCAGUAGCCAGCCAGAUGCAGCUGUGCUGGGGAAGACCAUUGUUAUUGCCUGCUGCUUAAUACAUGAGGUACAACUUUGAUUAAAGUCCAAUAAGCAGUGUUAGAUGUUUGAAACAACGUAAGAUGGUAGUCCAGCUAAGAUGUAAAAUAUUGGAAAGUAAGAGUUAAACUUUUUAGAUACUGAAAGUAGUGUUUUAAAGCAUUAGUAAUAGUCUUUAUUUGUAAAUCAGGACAAAUAAAACCCCAAAUUCAUCUUGUAGGUUUAUAUUAUACUUAAACAGUUACCAGCUGGUGUCUGCGAAUGGCAUUUACAGAAUGGGAAAUUAAUGGUAACGCAUAAAAUGCUGCCUUUGUAGUAAUUGCCCCAUUACCGUCUUCAUGCUUACGAGAAAGGGAAUGCUACCAUUUUGGCUAACUGAAUAGGGUGCCUUUGCCUCGAUCCUUGCAAAUCUCUGCUGUUUUUAAUCCAUGCAGCAUCUCUGAUUCUAGAGAGGCCGGAACUGUUGUCAGCAGACUUUUUCUGGAUAAGCAGUCCUGGGCUUCUGAGCAUGUGCUUCUGCAUUAAGCAAGAGCAAUGACAUUUGCAGUACAACUGACAUUCAAAGCCAGAAGACUUUACCUCUGCUUCUUUGAAAUAGCGAUAGAUCUGUGCUAGUAAAUAAGCGUAUUUCAUUUAAUGUAAUUUUGAUUUAGUUGAACACUUCUUGCAAACUCCAGCAGCUUUUUUUUUUCCCUUCGCAUUAUCUUUUGGAUCGUUUUGCAUGAUUUGUACCUUUAUUAAAUUAACGAAAUGCAGGUAAUCAUUUGUUGUAACCAGCUCUCUGGAGUAUGUUCCACAUGCAGAGUUUCAUGUCUGUAUUCAGUUAUUCUUAUAGUUAAGUUCAUUGCUGUGUUUAAGUGCACACUUGCUGAAAGUUAUUUAGCAUGUAAAAAGCAGGGUUUUGAUACCUUAACAGCUUCAUAUUGAAGCUGAUUUUACUCUAAGCAAGUUCAGUGGCAGACCUGUUACAUGACGCAUCUUGUUAGAUUAAGGAAAAAAACAUACUGCCAGAAUCUCAUUAAAUAUGCUGUUGAAACAGUUUGUAUUUAUAUUUUUGUACUUGAGGGCUACAGAAUGUUGACCUAAAUCAUAAAGCUGUUUUAUUUUAAAUUAGUUGCUUUAGGAAUUGAAAAUAAGCUUUUAUAAAUUAAAUGUGCACGCAGGAAAACACGA